AAAUAGGGCCGCGCUUGGCACAGUGUCUAACGGAGUUGCUUUCACUAUUUAGCCAAACGGGCGACAAGCGGGCCAAUUCAGUGGAAUACAAAAAACCAAAACAAAUCAGUGGCAAAAACAAUCCUUAAAAAAUGAAAGUGCUAAUACUCAUCGUACUAUUUGCUUUUGCCUGCCAAGCCCAGCACCACCAUCAGCACCAGCAGCACCAGCACCAGCAUCCCAAUGCCAAUAACAUUCCGAGGGACGACAAGCCGGACCAUCACCGGCACGAGGAUCACCGGGAGACGAGCACCUGGAUACCGAUCAUCAAGUACAACAAGGAGCAGAGCGAGGAUGGCAGCUACAAGACGGAGUACGAGACAGGCAACAGCAUUGUGCACGAGGAGACGGGCUUUCUGAAGGACUUCGAGACGAAUCCCAACGGGGUGCUGGUCCAGCACGGCCAAUACUCGUACCAAUCGCCGGAGGGCACCCUCGUCAAUGUGCAGUACACGGCCGAUGAGAACGGAUUCAGGGCCACUGGUGAUCAUAUACCCACUCCGCCAGCCAUUCCCGAGGAGAUCCAGAAGGGACUGGAUCAGAUCUAUGCCGGCAUCAAGUUGCAGCAGGAGCGCUUGGAGCAGCGGGCCAAGACGGAUCCGGACUUUGCCAGGAAGCUGGAGGAGAGGCGGGUGGCCAAUCAGAAUGGCCAGUACAUUGGCCUCCUGGAGAACCAGUAGAGUGAGAGCGAGAUCGGGAGAAAGUAUUGUCCUGUAGCCCCCGUCCCCCACCGAACCGAUGAUCCUGGAAACGUGACCACUUUGAAUUCUAUAUCUGCAACAACAAGACUGUGAUUUCACUCUGCAAGUUCUUCUUUUUGAAAUCGGUACUACUUCGAUUCUGAUCACCGUUGCUUCUAUUUUUAAUAACUUUGAAAUUUUCAACUGCCAACUAAAAUAUGCAUAAUUUUAUUUUAUUAACGAGCGUGAAAGUUUCUCCGCCUUGAAACAAUAAAAGAAAAACUAACGUUUCCAUUAUGCCGAACCUA